AGUCGACGCCGGUUGAGCUGAUGCUUAUCGCUGCCUAGCCUCUUCAUCACUUUCUGAUUUUUCCUCCGCCAGAGCCUCGCGACACUGCAGCCAUGCAGUCUGUGCGUUCAAUUCUUGUUCUCUUCCUGGCCACGGCCACUGCAGGGUUCCUGGCUCCAGACCCGACUGGCAAAUACAAUGUCACGUUGACGACAGGAACCCUCGUCGACUACAGCCGCAAUGACGCCUAUGCCGCGUUGCCCACGCCUCGGGCACUGAUGCUGUCCGUAUUUCAGCCUGCGACGUGCGCGUCCAUUGUGUCGGUACCUUAUAUGCCCGACAAAACCGCCGAGUACCAAGGGCCGUUUAUUCAACAGAGCUUCAACAUCUCGGCCGAUCUCACUCCCCUCUUCCUCGAGGCUCGCCUGCCAGUGUGUUCGGACCACCCCGGAAGCUGCUCGCCCCUAGAGAACCGGCCCAUCCUGCUCUUCUCCCCCGGCUACAGCACCCCGCGGCUCUACUACAGCGUCAUCGCCUCAGCCAUCGCCAGCGAAGGCUUCGUCGUCAUCACCAUCGACCACCCCGAGGACGCCAACAUCAUCGUCUACCCCGACGGCCACGUAGUGUACAACAACGCUUCUAUCCUGGAUAGUCCUACGUGGAACGACUGGGACCGCGCCGCCGACGCGUCAUUUAUCGUCGACCAGCUGAGCAACGCGACGGCCAUGGCGGCGUUGCUGCCGGGGCGCGGCCGCCGGGCGUUCGCGACGGACCGCGUGGCCAUGUUGGGUCACUCGGCGGGCGGCGUAGCUGCCAUCCUCGCGGCCAGCCAGGACCGCCGCAUCCGCGCAGCCGCCAACUGGGACGGCACCAUCAUCGGGUCGCCGGCCCUGCCGCAAAUAUCGCAGCCCGUGCUCUUCUUCACCCACGACCCCACCACCGACGCCUCGUGGCUUGCCGCCUGGCCGCAGCUCACGGGGCCCAAGAUUGUCCUGCGCGUCGCGAAUACCACGCACCAGUCCUUCUCCGACGUGCCCUCGCUGAUCGUGGCUGCCGGGCUGAGCACGGCGCCGUUCGCGGACGUGGUGGGCGCCAUCGUGCCGGCGCGAAUGGUGCGCCUGCUGACGGCGUACACGACGGCGUGGAUGGAUGGGGCGUUUAAGGGGAGGGAGGCAGGGCCGCUGCUGCAGGGGAAGGAACCGGGCAGGUUUCCAGAAGUCUCGGUUUUGACGAAGGAGAACUUUUAGUGUAGCAGACACGUCUCGGGACUCAAAGUGGAACAAAACCGUCUCGGGACUCAAUGUGGAACAAAACCAGUGAUUA